GCGCAUGCGCACACACGCCCCUCCCCCCGCGGGGUUUCAUGGGAGUUGUAGUCCCGCGCACCGCCCUCCCAUACCGUCGCCGCCCUGACGGCGGGGGGUCGGGAUGAGCCCCGAUGUGUAUGUGCGGGGCGGGGGGACGGGGUACAGAGGUCCCGUUUUGCGGGGAACAGCGCAGCAGCCCAGCCCCGGAGGAACAGGCGCCCCCGUCCCUCCUCCGCCCCAGAGGGAGGGGCCACGACGCCGGUUUCCCCGGGACUGGGCGUGCAGCGCCGAGCACCGCUACCGAAGCCGGGAGGUUUACGGUCUCGCGGUGGCCCUCGGCCCAUCCCUGCUCCCCUCGGCCACCCAGCUCGCCCCGGCGGCCCCGCGGGACGAUGAACGUGCUGGCUCCGGUCCGCAGGGACAGAGUCAUCGCCGACCUGCCCCUGUGUUUUCGGAAGGAGGCCGCCCUGCACGCCCGCCCCGCCUUCCACCCCACCGUAGCCAGCGCCUGCCAGGAGCAGCGGACGGGCACCGUGGGGUUCAAGAUCUCCAAGAUCAUCGUGGUGGGGGACCUCUCGGUGGGGAAGACCUGCCUGAUCAACCGCUUUUGCAAGGACACUUUUGACAAGAACUACAAGGCGACCAUUGGGGUGGAUUUCGAGAUGGAGCGGUUUGAGGUGCUGGGGGUGCCCUUCAGCCUGCAGCUGUGGGACACUGCCGGCCAGGAGCGCUUCAAGUGCAUCGCCUCCACCUACUACCGAGGAGCACAAGCCAUCGUCAUCGUCUUCGAUGUCAACGACGUGGCGUCCCUGGAGCACACGCGGCAGUGGCUGGCUGAUGCCCUGAAGGAGAACGACCCAUCCAAUGUGAUUCUCUUCUUGGUGGGCUCCAAGAAGGACCUGAGUACGCCGGCGCAGUACAGCCUGAUGGAGAAGGAUGCUCUCAAGGUGGCUCAGGAGAUGCAGGCGGAGUAUUGGGCUGUCUCCUCACUCACCGGGGAGAACGUGCGAGAUUUCUUCUUCCGUGUGGCGGCACUGACCUUCGAGAGCAGCGUGCUGGCCGAGCUGGAGCGCAGCAGCGCCCGCAAGAUCGGCGACACCGGAUCAGCAGCAACGAGAGCGACCUGUACCUGUCGGCGCCCCGCAAGAAAAAGUGCUGCCAGUGAGGGGGCAGCCACCGGUCCCCGCUGUGCUCACACCUCUGGACCAAAGAGGGGUGGCCCUGGCCAGCCCCGAGGAGCCGUCCCUGCUGCCCCCCGGCCCCCCCGGCCCGCAGCCUGCCCGGGCACUCACAGCCAGGGUGGGCAGGAGCACCCGUGUGGCUCCCUUAGCUAUGCAAACCUGGGUACCGCUUGCAGGGGGAGAUGCCCCCGGGCUCCCAUUUGUCUUAAUAAAACCUUUUUUAUGCUUUUUAAGGAAGGUGUUGGCUGGGGGCUGGGGCUGACUGGGGUUCCCACUGCCCCUGGGUGCAGCCCCCAGGCUCAUGGGCAGGUGGGAGGAUGGAUGGAGCCAGGGGAGGACGGCUGCCACUGAGGAGAGGUUGUCACCUCGGGUAUGGUGAAAGGCAAACUGGGCGGUGGGAUACCCUGGGCAUCCCUGCCCUGAAGAGCCAGCAGCCCGGUGCCCCACGGGGGGGCUGCAGGGGCCACGCGAGGUACCAGUGCCCCCCAU